AUGGCUGCGCCCGACGACGCACGUCGAUACGUGCAGCUGAUUGAAGACGUGAAGCAUAGCCAACGUGAAUCGCCAGCUCACGCCCCGGAAGUGGAGCCUCGCAUCCUCUCGAGUUCAAUGAGUUCGAGUGACUGGUUUCGCUAA